AUCCGCCUGAACCCUGUCAUCUCUCUCUCUCUCACCACAUGACUCUUGUUGCUGCAAGCCCGAGGUCAGGCGAAUUCAAAGGUUAAUUUCGACCUCUUUCUUGACAUCAAACUCCCUUACUUCCCAUCUUUUCCAUCUUUUGUUGUCACAUCCUUCGAUUCGCGCGCCGCGCGCCUUUCAGCAUCACGGCUAACUCCACGCUCCUCGGAGAAGACCUCGGUCGCAAGCAGUGGCAAUCGCAGGCCAGCGACCUCGCAAAGCUGGCAAUGAAUAGCCAUCUUGCGGCAUCAGCAUCAGCAUCAGAAUCCUCGUCACCGCCCAUCCAGGCCAAUGGAGAGAAAUCGUCCGCCACCGCCAGGCAUCAGGACGGGCUCCUUCCCCCCCCCGCCAUGCCUCAUGCUGCCCUCGCACAUGCCCUGAAGUCGCUUGACAGUGCCGAAGCCGCCGCCCUCCUGCGAAAUAGGCCAACCUACGACUCUCCAUAUUCCAGAAGCAUUCCGUCAACUGCACCUGGGUCGCCGCGAAUCCCCCCGGUCAGGCAAAACUCGGGCAGCCAUACUCCGCGCGUUCGACCACAUGCCACAACCUUGAAUAUUCCGGGCAUGACUCGAUCGAGAGUAUCUCCCGAUGGGCGAAUCGCUGAAAGAGAUGUAGCCGCGAAGCUAGUUAUCAUCAUGGUUGGCCUGCCCGCUCGGGGCAAGUCGUAUAUCACCAAGAAAAUCCAGCGCUAUCUCUCCUGGCAGCAGCACAACAGCCGGAUAUUCAAUGUUGGGAAUCGGAGGCGCAUCGCCGCCGGCGUCACCGUCCACCGUUCGCCCGCGGAUGCACCGGCAGAAUCCGACAUCCCAAUGCAAGCAGCGGCCAUCCUCCUGAAUGGCGUUAGUGCUCCCAAAGUCGAGGAGCCCACCGACCUGAACCUGAAUACUCCAGAGCCGCCCGAAAAGAUUGAUCAGUCGGCCAAGUUCUUCGACCCAAAUAACGAAUCGGCGUCGAAACUCAGAGAGCAAGUGGCUCUGGAUACUCUGGACGAGCUCCUCGACUACCUGCUUCACCAGAACGGUUCCGUUGGCAUUCUGGAUGCCACAAAUAGCACCGUUCACCGGCGUAAUCUCCUUGUCAAGCAUAUCAGAGACCGGGAGCCUAAGCUCGGCAUUUUGUUCAUUGAGAGUAUCUGCCAUGAUAAGGACCUCCUCGAGGCGAACAUACGCUUGAAGCUCUCGGGUCCUGAUUAUAAGGACAAAGACCCUGUCAAGUCUCUCGAGGACUUCAAGCAGCGAGUCGAAGCUUACGAGAGCGCGUACGAGCCUCUUGGGAAGUAUGAGGAAGAGCAUGACUUGCAGUAUAUACAGGUAAGAUGUUGUCUCAGUGAAGGAAAAUCAGGCCCUUUGCUUAGGCCUAAUCAGAUGAUCGACGUGGGACGCAAAAUCAUCCAUCACAGGCUCAAGGGAUUCCUGAGUGAUGGCAUCGCCUCCUACCUGACGACCUUCAACCUGUCGCCGAGACAGAUCUGGAUCACGAGACACGGACAAAGCGUGGAUAACCAGCUCCAGAAGCUCGGCGGUAAUUCCGAGCUGACUGAGCGCGGUCACUACUAUGGACUCGCCCUCUACCGGUUCAUAACGCAGAAGCGGAAGGAGUGGCUGAUCAGCCAGAAUGACAAAAUUGCCCAGUCGUCAUUCCCCCCACAGCCGGGCGACCACACGCCUCCAUAUCCCGAGCACAACAAGGAGCUCGAGGAGAAGAAUUUCUGCGUUUGGACGUCGAUGCUCAAGCGUAGCAUCGAGACAGCGGAAUACUUCGACGCGGAUGAUGAUUAUGAUGUCAAGGCUUGGGAGAUGCUCAACGAGCUGAAUGCGGGCAUCUUCGAGGGCAUGACGUAUGAGGAGAUUGCCAGAUUAUAUCCCGACGAGUAUGGCAAGCGAUCUGGAGAUAAGCUCUCGUACAUCUAUCCCGGGGUCGGCGGAGAAGGCUAUCUCCAAGUCAUUAGUCGUCUCCGUGACAUGGUGCGUGAGAUCGAGCGAAUCACCGACCAUGUCCUCAUCAUCAGCCAUCGCUCUGUGUGCAGAGUUCUCAUGGCAUACUUUAUGGACCUUACAAGAGAGGAUACGGCCGAACUCGACGUCCCACUCGGCAUGGUCUUUGCUAUAGAGCCCAAGCCCUAUGGUAUCGACUUCCACGCUUACAAGUACAACGAAGAACAAGGCUCGUUCGACGAACUGCCCGACUACAAGCCCCAGAGGACUGUGGACAGGAACAACUAGAAACAACCCUGGUCUUGAUUUCCACCUCUCCUUCCUCCUCCUUCGCGGGCUCUCUCUCCACCUCCCCCUUUCCGAAUACUCCUUUCGGAGCUCUCUACCACCCCGCUCCUCCUCCCUCCUCGCU